CUGACAGACACUGAGCCAGAGAGAGAGAGAGAGAGAGAGAGAGAGAAAGAGCUGACCACUACUGACCAUACACUGUGAGCACAGGGAGAACUGACCUACGGAAAAGGCAAAAGAAGACGCUUUAUUCAUUUGGAGAGGAGGAACUGGGGGAAAUGGUCUGAUAUUGGUUUUGGAGGGGGUUUACUGUAUUUUUGGACCUCCAGAAACUAAGACUACACUGCACUCCAUAAGACAUCUACAGAUCUCUCCUCCUCUCUGUUCCGUCCUGUCGUGUGGAGAUGACUGAGCCGGGCCCCAGCUGGUGGAAGCUGACCUUCCUGAGGAAAAAGAAGUCCGAGCCCAAAGUCCUGUACGAGAUCCCUGCCGAGUACGGCAGCAACACAGGGCAUGGGCCCGAGGGCGAACUGCCAGACGACAACCAGUUCAACGCCCGUCUCGAGAAGAUCGUGGACAAGUCGGCCACCAAGGGCCGUCACGUGAAGGUGUCCCACUCCGGCCGUUUUAAGGAGAAGAAGAGGAUUCGCUCCACGCUGGCUGAGAAUCCAGAACUGUUCCCCGCCACUCAGGCCAGCGACGAGAACCAGCAGAGAUCCCAAUAAAGGAGACUAGAAGGUGUAGUGGAUAGUCAUGUCCGCAAACAACUCUGACAAAGAUAGCUAAGCAGA